UAAUGGAUUAAUCAAAGAAGACUCUCGUCAACCCAGAGACUAAUGCUUAUAACUUGAGUGGAAAGACUCAUCCUAGAACAUCAGUUUUUGUUGCCAAAAUAUAUUUGAAGAAAUUUGAUGUUGUGGAAGUACAUGCAUUAGGGGAUACAAUUUCAAAGGCAGUAAGAAUGGCUGAAUAACUUCAAAGAUAGAGUAAAUUUUAUAGAUAAGCUAUUAGAUUAUGUGACUAUUGAGAAAAUCAAUACAUACACUUAGAAGUUUGAAGAUAACAGAUCCAAAGUCAAGAUUAUUGUUACCUUAAAAGUGACUGCUGAUGGAAAAAAGAGAGUCAAUGAGGAGAUAAAAUAAUGAUA